AUGAGCAGAGGCCCUGGCUCCGAUCCAGGCAUCACCGAGUACCAGUUUGUCUUUGGGAAGGACCAACCCGGGACGCGCAGCCAUGCCAUGCGCCAGUUCUGGCGACGACGACACCAGGCUCUGCAAAGUUCGGUCAGGAUCUCCCGACCUCAGCUGAGAACUCUCCUGCCCAAGGAGUGUGGCUCAGAAAGCGGGGAAUCCCAGGCGGAUGUGGCCCAGGGGAAGUCCCCAGAUUCCCUAGACGAUGGGUGGAAAAUAGUGUCUGGGCAUGUCACUCCCCAACGCCCUGGCAGCAACGGGGCUCAGGCGCCGAACAUUUCCAUCUUUCCGGCACCUCCCACCAAGUUCCCCAUCGAUCUCUCUCCCAAGGAUCAAACGAUCUUUUACUCGUGGCUCGAGUUACACACCAGUCUCACGCCCGACGGUUUCCUCAACACCCGAUUCGACCCCAUUCGCGAUGUCUGGCUCCCCAUGGACUUGUCCAACAGUGCCUCGUUCUGUGCCUUGAUGGCACAUGCCGCAGCCCAUGUCGCACACCGCCAUGGACAGACCAAGUCCUUGGAGUCCGAAAAGUUUCGAACCCUGGCCGUGGGCAUCAUCGCCAAGUGGCUGGCGGAUGAGAGACGAUCGACACAGGAUGAGACCCUUGCUGCGAUCGCCCGUCUGCUAAUGUUCGAGAAGUAUUGGGCCUUGGACGACCAAUGGCGCGCGCAUCGAAACGGUCUCCUGAGCGUCUUCCGGGCGAGAGGCGGGCUGAAGGCAUUCAAAUCGAAUUGGCGUCUGCAUAUGGUUCUAUUUCUGGCCUUCUCCAUGUCCGAGCCAUCCAGACUCUCCCCCUCGGCCCAUGCCUGGGAAAUCUCCGAGUAUUUCGUUCCCUCCGCCGUACAUCCCGCCAUUCAGCUCCGAUUUACUCACAACAAACCGAAAUCCUUCCAAGGACUACACAUGUACCCUACUCUCCAUGAUACCAUACUGUUCCUGGGCAAUGAUUCGAGCAUUCCACCGCCACAGGGGGAUUCUUCUGGCGCACAAGAUCAUCGACUGAUUUGUCUACUUAUUUUGGUUGUGAUACUGCAGGAGACCUUUUACUCGUUGGUUCCGGUUCUGAGACACGCCUUCAUCGACAAAUUGCCGGCGCUGGACGAGAUCCUCCGUCUACAUCGAGCAUCAUGGGAAGGCUCGCCCCAAAGAUUGCAUGACUUCCUCAUGGGAGAUCAUUUGAAAUCGUUGAUCAAUCCGCCGACUCGCGCGUUUAUCACGAAGCUCAGUGAAAAUCUGGUAUAUCUGAAUGAUGAAGCGUGUGGGCCGAUCGGGAAAUGCCUGCUCAAUGCGCUCCUCUGGCAGAGGCCGCACGAGCGGACAGAUGCGAUCUCGGUUUAUCAAUCGCUGAAAGUGGACUUGAGCUAG